UGAUAAUAAUUCAAAAAUAUAUAUAUAGAAGAAGAUACAAAUACAUAUGAAAGUUUGAAACAAUCUAUUCAAUGAAAAAAAUAUACAAACUUAUUAUGUUUUAAAAAUUGAUAGACACAUAUAUUAUAAUAUAUACCAAUUUAUAAUUAAAAACAAAAUAUUUAUAUAAAAAUAAAUGAAAACAAAAACCGCGCCGAGAUCUAGUUAUAAUUACGUUGACAAAAAAAGAGUAUUAUAAUUACUAACCCCAAAGCUCAAAACGAAAAUGAAAUGUUUUUUUUUUCAUUACAAAAAUAUAAGGUGUUUUCGUUUUGUUAAGUUAGCUCUCAGUUGUUUUCUUUAUGUUAAUAAAAGGAAAAGAACAAUAGGUAGCCAAUUUAACAAAAUACAAAGAUUACAUAUAUAUGUGCAAAUGAAAACAAUAACAUUAAAGAAAAACAUUCACUAGUCUACCCUUAGUAGUUACCUAUAGUUGUUUCAUGAUAAUGAUUGUAAUACUUAUAAUACGUUAGUUUCAUAAUAUGUGAUGUUACAUACAAUGUACUAAAAGACAAUUCUGUUAAGUUAUUUCAUUUUGUCCAAUAAGUUCUUUCGCUGAUGCUAUUACAUAAGUAGCUUGGACCAAUCUUUUCGUCUCUCUGGUCGGUACCAUAUUGUUGUCAUAAUUUAUUUUCUUAGUGACCACAAGGUACAUAACCUACACGUGUUGACGAUGCAGGUGUAUGCAUUAAGUGCAAUCCCUUUAAUCAUGUUGUUACGAUAUGAAAAGAAGUUGAAGUUGAAGUUGUUAGUUGAAUGAAUCUGAUACUGAUAGAGAUUGUGAUAGCUACGUCAACAAGAGAAAUCUAGAGGGAGAUGGUCAUUGGUGUUGAUGCGGUGUUUACACACUCAAGGGGAGUCAUUCAAUAGUUAUUGUUUUUAACAGUAGUUUUGUUCAUUUUCAAGGUCUCCGUAAGAUAUUAAAUUCAAAAUGUAUUUCGUUUCAUGUAUACAUGGGCAUUGACACACCUUUUUCUCACAUAUAAAUCGACAUACAUAAGGUAUAAGAGAAUGCUACAAAAUUUGAUUUAAAGAAAGAUGGAAGUAUAUGAUAAUACACAGAUUAUUUCAGUAGUUAGUUUAUACAAGAGAAAAACAAUCACUAAUAUAAAACAGAUUUGGAAGAACUAGUAAAAAAAGUGAUGAUAUUAUAUUUUUCUUGAUUAAAAAUUAACAUGUUGAUAUUAUGUAACGCCUCGAUCGUCCACGGUUAAUGGGCCAUCCACAUCCGUUCUCUAGGCCCGUGAGACCCCGUCCGACGGACGGUGUGUUAAUUUUUCUGAAAACUCAAAAUUAUUGUUUACUGGCUCUGCAAUCACCACAUGAUCUUUCUCCGUGUUUUGGUUUCACUCACACGAACUAAACGAUGUGUGACGAAAAAUGUAAAUGCACAUUUGUGACAUAACUAAUCAAUCAAUUCUCUUAAACCUUCCAACAUAUCCCCCAAACCAGGAUGUUACAAUUCAUCCUCUUUCAAAGAACGCAAUGACAUCGUUGUUAGUGUGAGCUCUCACUGACUCUGCACUCGUCUGGGUUCGGCUCUGAUACAACUUGUAACGCUCUGACCGCCUACGACUAAUGGCCCACCCACGACUAAUGGGCCACCCAUGCCCACUCACUCGGCUCAUGGGCCCUAUCCCAUCCGACAAACAGUCCGUUAAUUUUUCUGAAUGCUCGAAAUCAUUGUUUACAGACUCUACAAUCAUCACAUGACUUUUCUCUGUGCUUUGGCCUCACUCACACGGAAUCGUGAAACACUUCUCGAUAGGUCACCGAUCUUUCUACUAUUCCAGCUCAAGCAAACUUAACCUUGUAGUUCUAAACGGAUGUGUGACGGAAAAGAUAAGUAUACUUUGGUGACAUAGAUAGCCAAUUCAAUUUUCUUAAGCCUUCCAACAUAUACCACAAACUGGAAUGUUAUAAUUACCACAUACAGCUUAGGUACCCUAACAUUGUGAAUUUGUGGUAUAUGUUGGAAGGAAGAGUUUACCUCGCGUACAAAACCAUAUUAGGUAAUUUCUAGAAAUACUCUUCAAUUCUUUGUAUUCAAAGGAUCUGUCCUGCACUAAAAACAAGUAUCGGGAUUCUGAACCGAAGCGAAUAGUCCGAACCAAACUGAACAUUGUGAAUUUGGAUUAUUGUUCGGUUAGGAUGAACAAACCAAUCAAAAAAGGAUGAACAAAUCAAUCAUAAAUAUGCUUGGUUAUUGCCUUGGUUUGGUUCAUGAAUUCUGAUUGGUUAAUCAAAAUUAAGCUAAAUACAUAUACCCUAACUAAACAUAAUUGCUGGCUAACUUAAACCUAAUCACUUAACUUAUCCCUCUUUCUCUCGAACCCGAACCUCUUCUUCAAAUUCUCCAAUUAUAGUAAUCUCGUUUUAUUUGUCAGAUUCUCAGAUUUUUCAGAACGCGAGGUAAACUCUUCCUUCUCAUUCUCUACAUCAUUUGGGUUUGUGAUUAAUUUGGGAUUUAGAGUUUUAGUCACAAUUGAUUAGGAGUUUAAGAUUUGGGUCGAAGGAAGAGUCAACUAACGAUGAUGUGAUAGUGUUUCAUAGGGUUUGUUUAUCGAUUUUCAGUUUAGGGUUUGGAAAGGAUUCAGAAUUUAGGGUUUUGGUCGAAAUCGAUUUGGGGUCUAAGAGGAUGAAAAAUGUGGAUUAAUUAAUAUUUGUAAGAAUUAUGAUUUUGUUUUUACAAACUAAAAAAAAUUAUGAUUAUGUAUCAAAUUUUUAGGCAAUUUUUUGAUGAGGUGGCUUCAUAAGAAAGAGAAGUAACAACUUAAUUUAUAUAGAUAAUAAAUUUAUUGGUUCUACCUUGCUUUAUAUUAAUUUCUAUUUAAAACACCAUAAAAUACUAAAAUUCAGACUAAUUGUUUUAGCCAAAAAAUUAUGUCAAUAAACAUUUAUUCAUUAUUAUAGUGGACUUUUAGAAAAGAAAAUGAUACAAAGAAGAUGACUAUAAUUGUAAAAAUUCAUACAAAAUUAUGGUUAAACCGUAAACUAAAAUAUUACGAGCCAUUAAUAAUCCAAAAAUUCUUUAAAUGAUACAAAGCAGAUGACUGUAAUUGUAAAAAUUCAUACAAAAUCAUGGUUAAACCGUAAACUAAAAUAUUACGAGCCAUAAAUAAUCUAAAAAUUCUUUAAAGUUAUUGAAGUUAUUGAAGGGGAUCAUGGAUAUGGAGAAAGUUAUUGAAGCUACGACCUCUUGUCUAUCAGUUCCUACGGGUUGAGGUUAAUGAUGGACGAACGACUUUCUUUUGGUUUGAUGAUUGGCUACAAAUGGGGAGACUUAUAGACAUCACAGGAGCUAUUGGAACGUGUUAUCUUGGAGUUCCUCGUACUGCUCGGGUGUGUGAUGCUGUUGUGCAAUCGAGAUGGACUGUACGGGGGCAACGGAGUCGUCAGUUCCAUUACCUGCAUUCUCGCAUUCAGAGAGAACCAGUUCCAGACAUCAAUAGAGGUAAUGAUGUUUUGCUAUGGAAGCAUUCUGAUGAUUCUUAUAAACCAUGUUUCUCUUCUUCACGAACGUGGGAACAGAUCAGAGAAAGAAAACCUACAGUCUUUUGGGGUAAAAGUGUUUGGUUUGCUCAAGGUGUACCGAGGUUCUCUUUUAUUGUUUGGUUGGCUGUUAAGAACAGACUGGCUACUGGAGACAGAAUGAGAGCUUGGGGGCUGCAGCAAGGCUGUGUGCUUUGUGGAGAGCCUGAUGAGACCCAUGAUCACAUCUUUUUCGCCUGUCCGUAUUCUUUUACUAUCUGGGAUAAGUUAGCAAAUAGACUGAGUGGCAACAGGACUGAUCCAGACUGGACAAUCACUCUGCAUUUUGUGGCUGGAAAUAACUUGCAGAUCAUGGACAAGAUCCUACUCAAAAUGGUGUUUCAGACAUCCAUCUAUCACAUCUGGAAAGAAGGAAAUGGGAGGAGGCAUCAGUCGGGGUUUUGAAGUGUUGAUCAGGUAGUACGUAUAGACAAGGCGGUGCGUAAUAUAAUAUCUUCUCUCCGUUACAAGAGUGAGCACAAGUAUGCAGGCUUGAUGCAGAGAUGGUUUGCUGUCUCGGACAUCUCCUAGACAGAAUUUUUUCUCACGAUUUUGCCUUGUAAAUUUUAUAAAAGGGCACAUUAGAAUCUUGUAAAUGCUCAUUUUUUUUACAGUAUCAAUAAAUUUCAAAUUUCAUCAAAAAAAAAUUCUUUAAAGGCUGCUGAACUUUUGCUUAUGCUACACGUUUUUAAUCUUCAAAGCAGACGACUAUAAUUGGCAAAAUUAAUAAAAUUAUGGUUAAACCGUAAACUAAAAUAUUACGAGCCAUAACUAAACCAAAAUUCUUUAAAGGCUGCUGAACUUUUGCCUAUGUUCCACGUUUUUAAUCUUCAAUAUUUUUUUUAAUUUAGUAAUUUAUUUUAGGUAAUUCUGUUGGAAAAGCCGCGGGAAGGAGAAAAGUGUGUAUAUGAAAAAAGGAGAUUGUUGAUGUGUUUCCAACGACGACGUGAUCGUCCUCUCUCCUCCUCUAUUAUUACAAUUUCAUCUCCUCUUUUUCCAGAUUAUCAUCAUUGUCUUGUCUCUCUCUAGAUUCUCCUUGUAUCAGAAACAAAAUCCUCUGUUUUAAUACCGACAAUGGCGACGGGAAACAAAGGAAGACAACUGCCAAAAUUUGGGGAAUGGGACGCGACUAAUCCAGGAGCCGCCCAAGGAUUCACCGUCAUCUUCAACAAUGCUCGUGACGACAAGAAGACCAAGAAAACAGCUGUGGCUGCACCUGAGAGUCUUGUUACUCCUCCAACAAACAAUGAGCCUCAUCAGAACAACAACCAUCGUCAUCAUCGUCACCAACAGAACAACAACCAUCGUAAGAAACGUAAUUCGCCACCCCCACGAGAAAAGAAGAAAUGGCUUUGCUUCCUUUGAGUCCGGUUCGAGCUCUGUUUCCGAAACGCAAUGAUAAGGAAGCAGAUCGGUUGAGCAGAGUAGUUUUCAACAAAUGACAACGACAAAACCUUCUGUAAGAUGUUGCAAACUUCAAUUCUUCUUCCUCUUCUCGUUGAGUUUCUCUUUUCAACUUUGUUUUGGACACAUUUGGUUGACAUAUAAAAUAAAUACACAUUGUUCUUGCUGCUUCUUGGUUUGAUUUUAUAAAAGGUUAAGACAAUGUCCUUUUCAGUCAUGUAAUACUGCAUAAAAGUCAUGUUAUCUAAUUACUUAAAUAGCA